GCAGUCUAUACCCUCCUGCGCCCCCGCUAGGUACAGGGGACCAGCUGUGCUGCGAUAAUUCACCCCUCCUCACAUCAUCUCUCUACCACCCUCAUCUCGCAAUCUGCCCAUCAUCGCCCACAAAAGCUCUUGAAGGGGGGGCCACGCGCCAGAUGCCUCUCCUCGAAGGUGUGCAAUCCUCCUCGCCUGCUCACCACUAUUAUGCCGGCAGCGUGGCUCACAACACUGGCCCCAAUGCCAUAGCUGGGCCUAGUGGCAGUGGCAUGAACAUCUCGCCCGCCCACAUGCCGCCUUCGCCGAAGAGAUAUUCGCACCAAUACCCUGCUUCCCAGCAAGGAUUGGCUGGACCGUCCAACGGUCAGCAAAAUAGCCAUGCUCAGCAGCUCCCUCAUCAUCAUCACCCGACAACACAACAUCUUCAGCAACUUCAGCAGCAGCAGCAGCAAUACCAGCAAUUACCGCCAAUGCUGGAUGCUAUGCGAGACUCAAAUGGCUAUGGAAUGGCAUCAUCAAGCCAGCAGGCAGGCGCUUCUUCCGGCCGCAAACAUUCUGAUGCAUCUUCGUCCCGAUACGAUCCCAACGCUCAGCAACAGGAGAAUCGGCAAGGAAGCCAUAUGCAUGGGGGGAGCAAUACCUACCAAUCUCGUUCGAAUGCCUCCGCGUCACUCACAGUGCCCGUGAGCGGCGCUCCAGUGCCAACCACUGCUGCAAGUCUGAUGAGAGAGGGUCCGCGAGACUUCACCAUUAUCAAAGCGGCCGGUGACGGAUCCUUCGGCACGGUAUCGCUAGCAGAUUGGAAGAGCCCGCUACCAAGUGGAACCAUGCUGAGUCCGAUGCAACAUCCAACUACGAGACCGGAGUAUGUCGGUAAGAGAUUGGUGGCAAUCAAACGGAUGAAGAAACCUUUCAAGAGCUGGAACGAUUGUCUCAAGCUGAAAGAGCUCAAGUCCCUCCUCGACAUUCCCCACCAUUCCAAUAUCAUUCCUCUCUAUGAUGCAUUUCUUGAUCCCUCGACCAAAGAACUACACUUCGUCUUCGAGUGUAUGGAGGGCAAUCUAUAUCAGCUGACAAAAUCUCGCAAGGGCCGGCCGCUUGCAGGUGGCCUCGUGGCGUCGAUCUUCAAGCAGAUCAUUUAUGGCCUACACCACAUCCACGAGCACGGAUACUUUCAUCGGGACAUGAAGCCAGAGAAUCUUCUCAUUACUACCACUGGCCUCGAUGACUAUCCCGCGUUUCAGUCAGACCCCAGGUCUGUCAUUGCCUCUGAACGUGACGUUAUCGUCAUCGUCAAGCUGGCCGAUUUCGGCCUCGCAAGGGAGACAGCCUCGGAACCCCCUUACACCGAGUAUGUCUCCACAAGGUGGUACCGAGCUCCUGAAGUUCUCCUGCGCUCGAAAGAUUACUCGAACCCGGUCGAUCUAUGGGCCUUGGGCACGAUUUUGGCAGAGCUGGUCAACCUCAAACCCCUGUUUCCGGGCGACAGCGAGGUCGAUCAAAUCUUGCAGAUCUGCGAAGUCCUUGGGGACCCAUUCACGGACUACGGCACCGAUUCAAGGGGCAGAAUUAGGGGAGGAGGCUCGUGGGAAGGUGGCAUGCACAUGGCAGCCGGUGUGGGCUUUCAGUGGCCGAAGGUAGCACCUGUGAAAUUCUCCAGCCUGUUCAGCUCCCGAGUGCCGAUCGAGCUCAUCGACUGCAUCGAAGAUCUUCUGCGAUAUGACCCAGCGGUUCGAUUCACGACUUUACACUGCAUGAGGCACCCCUACCUUCUCUCUGUCGCACCGCGAUUGCAGCCAAGCAAGGAGUCUCUGGCAACCACUGUUGCCACGAAAGCCUCGAUACCGCCAUCAGUUGCUGUCGAUCCUACCGCUGCUCGGCAAGGCAUGCCCCCAUCACACUCGAACAUGCCACCCAGUGCCCGACCCGCCUUUGGAGAGGCCAGUAGUGCAGUAGCGAACUCUGGCCUGCAACAGCAGCAGACAGUGCCGCUUCAACGUCUGCCGUUCUAUCGACCUCAGCAAGAAACCUCAGGCGAUGGUCACAUGGGAAAAGCAUUACGGCAGGAUGACUCUUCGGGAGCGCAGCCACGUCACAUCCACGAUCCGUCGUCGUUGGCCUUACGAGACCAGUAUCAGCCUCAUCCUCACUCGCUCGACAGGGAACCUCAGCCUCAGCUUGAUGCCAUGAACAAAGAUUACAAUGCCGGGGGUCAACAGAACCACGUCCCGUCGUACAGCACUAACGCUGAGACAAGUGCUGCUUCUGCUCGCAUGGAUGAGGCUUCGGUAGGCGGCAGGCCAACAGAGCGUCGCAAGGGGUGGGGAAUGACUCUUUCCUCUGUCUUUUCUGGAAACCACAGCAACACCAGCACAGGCAUUGGGGCAAACAACGCUGGGUACCCACAAGGCCUGGACCCAAGCGGUGGUCUUCAAUCAAGGAAACCUUCGUACUCCGGGGUGACUCCCUCUGAGAACACGCUCGCCCCAAUGACGGGAGGAUUCGGCGCAUUGGGUGGUAUGGCUACCGCAUCACAGAUACAACCCUCUCAGUCAGGCCCUGGGGAAGUCGACCCGAAGUUCGCACAAGUUGGCGCACCUCCGGACCCUAAGAAGGCCAAGAAAGAAGCAGAGAGAGUUGCGAAGCAGAACGAGAAGGCGAAGAGACAAGCGCAGGAGAAGGCGGCAAGAGACCGGGCGCGAGCAGUGAUGCAGAAGAGGAACCAGAUCAUGUCUGCUAGUGACGGAAGGGAGCAAGUCGAAUGGCUGAGCAAUGGGCUCGGAGCAGCAGGCGACAAGGGCAAAGCUAAGCAGACCAACAUUCUGGCGAACAAUGGAACACUCUCUCCUCUUGAGAGCCCGCGAUCGGCUCAGCCAGCCAGCGGCCUCGGUCUGCCUUCCAUUGGGCCGAACGGGCUACUCAACCCCUCGCAAAGCAACAUGAGCCUCUUUCAACAGCAGUAUCGCUCGCCUACGACGAGUCUGGCUCCCCAGUACUCUCCAGGUGGACCUUCAGCUCGCCCUUUCCACUCCCCCACUGGACCUUACUCGCAGAUGAUCAUGGGCGCAAUGAGAGGUGCACCUCGACCUGGAUCUGUGGCAUCGUAUGCAACGAAUGAGAGUGACCCUGGCCCGUACGGUGGUAGUCGUCGCCUGAUGGCUGGUCACCCUGGCUUGAAUCAACGACAAGGUUCAGCGUCGAGUCUCAGCUCUGGUCUAGACACUUUGGCCCACAGCACCGGAAGCUAUCGAUUCUUCGUCGGCUCAAAUGACUCACUCAACCGCAACGAAGACGUUGGGUCGAUUCACUCCCUGGAUUCCCAGCUUGUGUCGAACAUGGAGGCCAUGACUGCCGCCGAGAGAACGACUGGGCUACGGUCAAGCAGUCCAGGCGCUCCUCACUCUCAUGGCAUCGUUGCCGGUGGAAGCAACAGGCCUUCCAGCCGACAGGGUAGGUCGACCCGAAGCAGAGCCUCAUCAAUUCAGAGGGCUGGUUCGGCUUCCCCUCUCCACCACACUUCGGCUCCUCGUUUCCAUCCUUACGGCGGCGGACAGGGCAACAACAGUAUCAGUGGACCAUCUCCUACUGGCCAUCAUAUCCCUCUGUCUGCCACUUCGGCCCAGCCUCCGCCACUGCCGAGCUCUCCGCCAUCAAGGACCUCUUCAUCUCAGUCGUAUUACUCUCAAUUCCCUCUACCACCCUUCAAUACGGAGGAGGAUCGAAGAAGGGGAAGUCGCCCAAAGGCCUUGCGCCGACCAUCGAGCACGAGUGCGCCUCGGCCUUACCUGAACAGUCGCGGCGAGGUGACCACCCCAGGAGGUGUACCUUAUCAUCCUCAGCAUGCCAUGCCGUACUCAGCUUCUUUCAGUAGCGGAGGAGAUGCUCAAUCGGCUGAGCAACAGCAACUCGUCAGCAAUGACCAUGGCCACGGCAAUCAGUCCGGCGGCGCUAGGGUCAGUAUCGGUGCUCCCAAUGCAGGGCAAUGGGCGGCCGUGCCCAGUCACAGCGUCAAUCCGAUGUGGGGAAGCAAAGGCGGACAGGGCUUGUCUACCAGACUACCGCCUUUUAGCUCCCUGAUUGCCGUCGCACCAGAGGAGGACUCGGACAUGACCGACGGUAGUGGAGCCCCUCGGUGAAUGGUCCCAUUGGCGAGCUCUCGAUACAUAGGCACGCAAUAGCUUUCAUCCCAUCCUUCACUUGCCACUUCGUCCAAGCAACCCUUGAUUGCUCAGCUCAGCACACACAGCUCAUCUUGUCCCAUAGCUGUCCAUACUGUCACUUUCACACUACCUCGUCCAUACAAAGAGACGUAGACAGUCAAAGGCACCAUUUUGUCCUUUUUUCAUUUUCGCUCCCUCUCCCCUCCCCUUUCUCUCGCCACCACCAUCGCAUCUCCCUCUCACCUGUCAAUUCUACCCCUCCCUCUCUUUCUGUCCUCACUCUGUCCACUUUAGUCAGUCAGCUCAGUCUGAUGGUAGGUCGAAUUGAUUGAUGAUGAUGAUGAUAAUGCGAAAUUCUUGAUACCCCGUC